CACGGUCAUAGGGCUAUGGGGGCUUUCUUACUUCUUACAAUUAUAUACAUUAUAAUAAUCAAGUAUAAUGUUUCAAUAAUAUCUUUUGAUUACCAGAUUUUCUACUCGUUCGGUGUGGGUGUCGGUUCUCUCGUGACGUUGGCGUCAUACAACAAGUUCAACAACAACUCACAUUUCGACGCCAUCUUUGUCAGUCUGACGAACUUCUUAACUUCUAUAUACGCUGGUUUCGCUAUCUUCUCUGUGCUGGGAUUCCAGGCUCAGCAAAUGGGUGUCAGUGUUGAAGACGUGGCAGCUGAAGGUCCAGGAUUAGCAUUCGUGGCGUACCCUGAAGCGUUGCUCCAGAUGCCCGUGGCAAGGAUGUGGUCCAUCCUGUUCUUCUUCAUGUUAUUCGUCCUCGGUCUCGGAAGCCAGUUCGGUGGUAUUGAGGCUAUAAACACCGCCAUUGUUGAUCAGUGGCCUCAUCUUAGGAAGACUUAUUGGAAGGUGACUGCAAGCACAUGUUUUGCAUGUUUCAUAAUGGGACUGCCAAUGUGUUUCAGUGGAGGCGUCUACUUGUUUACUCUACUAGAUUAUAAUACCGCCUCUUGGGCUAUCCUGUUGAUUGGUAUCGCUGAGUGCGUCGCAGUAUCAUGGAGUUACGGAAUAAAUCGUGCUAUGAAAGAUAUUGCGUCCAUGGACAUGAAACUUAAUGUGAUCAUGCGAUUCUACUGGAAGGCGACUUGGACUGUCGCCGGACCUGUUUUCAGUCUUGCUAUUCUGAUUUUCGUAUUCUACAACUGGGAGCCUCCGAGGUACGAAGACUACGUGUUCCCACUGUUCGCUGACCUGCUGGGCUGGGCUAUUGGCCUAUCCACCAUCAUCCUCUUCCCCGUCGGCGUAGGAUGGGCCUACUACCAUGGAUACCGCGGCAAAGAGCUUUUCACACCAACAGCAGCCUGGAGGCCGACAAAGAAAAUUCUAGACGCACCACGAUCUGACUCCAUUGUAGAUUUAGAAACAACACAACAAGGACCCUAUGACAACAUGGGCUAUAUAAUGUGAAAAUAUAAAUAGCAUUACAUUUAUAUUAAGAACACAGUAUCUAGUCAAGUAACUUUUUGGUUUGAAGGCCAAAAUAAAAAACUAACGUUAGGUUCAUGCCACACUGCACAAGCGAUGCCAAAAUAUGUUUUAUCGCAUAGUAGAUGCUUUGAAGCACUUUGGAUAAUUUUUGUUGACAGUUGCUUCGUUUAUAAAUGAACUUGUUUUGAUACUGAUUUAUUUCAAGUGGAGAAAAUUAUGUAAAAAAAUUGUGAAGCUUUAGUAGGCACAGAAGUAGAUAUGGAAAAAUGAGACAAGUUUUUAUUUUAUAUUCAUAUUUGACUUAUGAAAUGGAGUUUAAAUUAAAAAUACCAAACAUAAUAUUUAAAAAAGUUCCUAAGUCGUUUCACAUCACUUUUAAAGAGUCCUUAUUUGCUAGCGGUGUAAUGUUACCAAGGAGUUUUGUAUCUUUGUUAAACUUUUUGCCGUGGUCUGAAACGGUAUGAGUGAAAAAUAUGUUUUUUAUUCGCUAUCGCGUCGCUUUAACGAUGUUACUUACUUUUGUUUAAAUUAAAUAACUAUUAUUAUUAUUGUAUAAUGAGAUUACUUUUAAUGAGUUUUCAGUACAAAAGACUUCGUAGUGAGAUUGUACAUUCAAUACCUAUAAAUAAUAUAUUUCCACAAAAGUAGGUGUAAGUAGUUCGUGUAAAAUUUAGGGUACCCAAGAAAAAUGAAAUCCGAGCACAUAUAUAACGAACCUGACACUACCGGAGGAAGUGGGUGAUCAUGGAACUGUCUCACCAAACCAAAAAAGUGGAGUUUUCGAGUGAUGACCAUGAAGUGGAACAUGCAGCGGAUGCAGACCUCCAAGGAGGUGGCCGAAGACCUCAUGAAGGUCGCUGGACCCUGGUGACUCAUGACCAGGCACUGUGGCGAUAGGAAGGCCUAUGUUUAGCUGUCGACUUCUGUCAUGAGAGAAAUGCA